AUGGUCGCGCGUGUACGGACAUUGCCUUUUUCCAAGACGACGGUCACGUUAACACAGUUUCCAAAUGAUCUUCGCUGUUCUCUUGAACCAUUCUCCACGUCGCUCCCACUACUUGAACUUCCGAAUGAACUGCUAUCUCUUAUCGCCGAGUAUGUGCCAGGGCGACACUCCGUCAAUGGGACUGUGGUGGAGAGCAGUGAUCUAUCGGCAUUGUCGCUUGCUUCACGGAAACUCCGAGCUAUUUCCCUCUCUCUACUAUUCCGAGAUAUCGUCAUAACGUCAGACAAACAAUUGUCGGCAUUGGCACGCGUCGACAAGCAGUUGACUCAUCACACAAAAGAACUUAAUAUAUUCAUGAACAAUGACUUUCUGGAUAAGUGGAGGAUGUUCACGAUGGCUGGGGCCUCUCCUCAAAGUCCACACUCGGCACUCCUUACCGUUCUUUGCAAAACACCAUCCCUCCUCUCCCUUCGGAUACGCGUCGCCAAACUGACAGGACCUGACUCGGCUUGGACCAAAUCUGCCCUCUAUGCAGCUCGUGAUAUUCCCGUUGGGCACGCGUUUUCGGAAGCGUACGAUGAGCUCAACACCAAGUUCAAGCUUCAAAACCUAAAAGCACUAGAGCUUGACGCGUUUGAGGAUAUUGAACCGCUUCUCAUCCUGACGCCAAACAUCCUCUCACUCAAAGUGGUCGUCUCAGGUGGCUUCGAGCAGACUUCCAAUGCGGGUUUCGUAAAAGCCCUUCGAAGCGUCCCAAAACUUCGACAUCUCACGUAUACUCCCGAAACGCUGCGCGUUAAAGGUUCGAUACGAGGGAUAAAUGUACUUCUGGACGGCAUAGUAGAUGAUGAUGAUGAUGAUGAUGAUGACGACGUUGAAGCAAGCGAGGGCAGUAUUGAGCUUUUGACCAAAAUUGGCGAGUCAUGUUCAGAUUUAGAGACCUUGGACCUAGAAACCCGAUGGUAUGGCUUAGACGAAAUUCAUUUCCCCGCGAGUCCGGAACCUUUAGAUCCGGCCUCACUCCUCUCAAUAUCACCCCUUUUCCCUAAUCUUCGAUAUCUCCACCUUCCUUCCACACCAAUAUCCUAUCGGGACUUUGCCACGAUUCGUAGUCCCUUUCAUCCCAGUGCAUCACAGAUGACUCCUGAAACACUGGCCCAACUCCGAGAUGCGUUCGAACGUAUAUCCACGAUCGAAUCGGAGAUCGCCAUGGAGAUGGCCAAGCUCAGCCGUCAAGGUCUUCUGGAGAGCAUCUCAUUCGUUAGACCAUGGUGUCCCGAACACAGGGCCGACGUAGCGGUCACUUAUCCCGUGACGAUCGUCCCUCCUCGCUCUCUUCCAUCCCCAAUCAUCAUCUCAGCUGGAUGCACACCACCACCACCCAUCAAUAUUAUUGUCCGCGACGGACACGGCGUGGAAGUACGUCCAUCCAUCACAUCCUUUGCGAAGGAUGCGCAAUUCGAUCCACUCCCGCGAAUCGUCACUAGGCCCAUUCCGUUUUCUGUAUCUGUGAAACGAUUUGUCGAGGUUAUGGGUGAUAAGGAGAAGAGAUGGAAGGCUCUUGAUGACUUUGCACGAGAUCAUCAGGUUGCGAGUGCGGCGAUCGCUGGUCUCGCUGGUUGUUUCGUUGUGGAGGUUGGCAGAAGCGCUUCUUUUCUCUUUAGAUGACUACAUUAUCGAUUUGUCCCAAGUUUUCUGGGGGACGCAUCGAUUCGAUCCCGAAUUUUAAGCACGUAAUUUUGCAUUAUUUACGUAUUUAACAUAUAUAUGCGCAACUUCAUCGCUCACAUGCAUGGAUAUAUGAGAACAUUGUCUAAGCAGG